AUGACAAAAGAAACAAGCGACCAUUUUCAUCAUGUAAAUAACAUGAUUGCUUCUUGGUUUUUCGGUCCGCGUGCAGAAAAUAAAGAAUUUGUUAAAGAAUUUUACGACAAUGUAAUAGAUCUACAGGCAGAAGGAAGAAUGUUGUAUUUUGACUCUGCGGAUCCAAAUUUCAUUACCACGCAGAUGCAGAAUUCUAAAGAGUUUAAAAAUAACAUAGAGUAUCUCAGAAGCCAACUCAAUAAACUCUUAGAAAAACUUAAUGAAAGAACGGUACCAUUUUGGUCACCUCGCUAUAUGGGUCACAUGGUUACGGAAACGACUAUGCCAAGUAACCUUGGUUAUGUGGCGGCUUUACAAUACAACCAAAACAACAUUGCUUCCGAAGGAGCACCAUUAACCACUAUGCUUGAAAUUGGUGUUGGCAAUCAGUUAUGUGAAAUGCUUGGAUUUGACACUUCUAAUAAUCUAAACAUCAAUUUGGAUAAUCUUGACAAAGAGGAUGAAAGUAUUUAUAAUUUUGGCUCUCAAGAGAUUCAAAGUUGGGGACAUAUCACUUGCGAUGCGCGUAACCUUAAAUUCUAUCCGCUAUCUCUUCGCCUCGCCAUCGAAGAAGGUCGAUUAUCAUUUAUUGACAAGAGUUUUACUAUUGAAUUAGCCAAUGGUUCGGUGAAGCUUUUUAAGGAUUGUACGACGUGGGAAUUGCUUAAUUUCAAACCGACCACUGUGUUAAAUAUCCCUGAACGACUUUAUCAAAAGUAUGGAAUUACUUCUCAGUUUUUGCAAGCUUCUCUUAAUGACUACACCAUUCAGACUGUAGGAAAGGAUUAUCUAGAACAAAAAUUUGGUAUCACGAAACCAUCAUUAUAUUUUGCAAGUAGCACGCAUCAUUAUUCGUGGCCUAAGGGUUGUGCCAUUGUUGGAAUUGGAUCUAAAAAUUUAAAAAGCAUUCCAGUAGACAAUGCAGCGCGAAUGGAUGUUAAUGAGCUUGACAAAGUUCUUGCAAAGUGCGUUAGAAAUAAACAAGCUGUUUAUGCAGUAGUUGCGAUCAUGGGGUCAACCGAACAAGGCGCUUGUGAUCCUUUGGCCGAUAUCGUCGCGCUUCGAGAGCGGUAUCAACGCAGAUACGGACUUAGUUUUGUCAUUCAUGCAGAUGCUGCUUGGGGUGGAUAUUUCCGUACAAUGCUUAUUGAGCCACCUAAGAAUUCUCCGUGUGGUGAUUAUUCAGAAAAUUAUAGUGAAGAGCGUGAUACUUUUGUUCCUAUGCUAGCGCUGAAUCCUUAUACAAGGAAGCAUUUGUACAGUCUAAAGGAUUGCGACUCUAUCACCAUUGAUCCGCACAAAAGUGGAUAUAUCCCAUAUCCUGCUGGUAGUCUAUGUUAUCGAGAUCAACGUAUGAGAUAUCUGGUUACAUGGACAAGCCCAGUUGUGACACGUUCUAAGGAAGAAAGUAUUGGAAUUUAUGGUGUGGAAGGAAGUAAGCCUGGUGCAGCUCCAGUAGCUGCUUGGCUUUCUCAUGAUGUAAUUGGCCUUCAUCAAAAAGGUUAUGGCGCAUUAUUAGGACAGGCAACUUUUACUUGCAGCAAGAUCUAUUGCCAUUGGGCUACUAUGUCAACUGAUAAAGAUAACUUUAUUGUUGUUCCAUUCAACAUGUUGCCUGCUGAGAAGCUUAAUCCACCAAAUUUGGAAGAAGUUAAAGAACAGAAGCAAAAGAUCAGAGAAUUAAUUGUCACCAAAUCAAAUUUGGAAAUAAUAAAUAAUGAAGAAGCAUUGAAUUUAAUUAAAAAAGUUGGUUCUGAUCUUAUAAUUAACACAUUCGCAUGCAACUUUAAAGUGGACGGCAAAGUGAACGAAAAUAUAGGCGAAGCAAACUAUCUUAAUCGACGUUUAUUCGAAAAAUUUUCACUUACCUCUUACAGACAAGAUAACAAAACAAAACCACUGAUUCUUACUUCCACAACGCUCAAGCAGAGUUCUUAUGGUCAUUGCCUUACGAACUUUAAGAACCGCCUUGGUUUGAAAGGUGACCAAGAUCUCUAUGUACUCAUUAAUGUAGUUAUGUCACCUUGGCCCACGGAAUUCGAUUUCAUUACUACGCUUACAAAAACUUUUAAAGAAACCUUGAAAGAGCUAACUGAGCUUUCAGCUAGACGCAACACAAAAACACCUGUUCAUUUGAACAGAAUUCUAUCAGUUGAGGAAAAUCAAUCAAAUGAGAAAAUUUGCGAUUAUACAUCACAUCUAUUUGUCAUUCAAGGUACAGAUGAAAUUUAUUUAGUGCACUUGCCAAUAUUUCAAUUAGAAACCCAUCGUCAACAAGUCAUUAUAAAGGCCGAAAUGUCAACAAAAAUGAUGGAGAAGUACAAAGAUUUUCGUAAAAAAGACCCUUCAAAAAUGUUGAUACUUUGUUACCAAGAAAAUAUUACAAUCGACCAAAUCGCAGCUGAAGGAAGUUCUUUCAGCGCUUAUAUUAUAGAAGGUUUUGACCCUUACAUGGCAUUAACAGAACGUCAUAAAAUGUUCUCAAGAUCUUCAAGAUCUUUCAAAAUAAAAACCACCAAAUUGCUAAAGAUGCGCAAGUUGGGAUCAUCUUACCAAGAUGCCGAAUAUCCGAUAGAUCGUGUUCCAUUUUACAUUUAUGGAACGGAAAAUCAAUUACACAUUGACCACUUACUCCUCAAAUCCCCUUCCAUACAGCUUUCGGCUGAGAGUGUUCAAAUUGAAUUAACAUCGGGAAAUUUUACAAAAGAACAGAAAGAAAGAGGCGCAAUUGUUCACAUAAUUGCAAAAGAAGAAGAGGAUGGCACCAUUGUUGAUUUAUAUGAGGUUGCUAUGCAACCGUUCCCAGACACAAAAUAUCUUGGGAAUUCAUUCUUUUUCAGAGCUAAUACCCAUUUUCAUGUGGAACUAUAUGAAGACCCAGUAUGUGACCCAGCUUUAAAUGGGCCAGGUCUAGAUAACGUUAAUAGUAUAUCACCAUUUGCUAUAGGAAAAAUUAUAUUGCCUUCUGUAAGCAAAGGAAGUUUAUAUAUUGAUUCUCAUUUAAUUAAUAUAGAUCCAGUAGUAAAAAUUCAAAAAGGCAGGACAGUUAAACGUGCUUCAACUGAAUGGAGGAAAUGCCCCAAACCAUUGUUGGCUAAUACAAAAAAGAAUUGGUACGAAAAAGAUGAUUUUAAAACCAGCCCUGUACGUGCUUCGUUUCAUUCUACUCUUUAA